CAAUUGGUUCGCAAACUCUUCGGCUUUCCUUUCAAACCAUUCAAAGGACAGACAAAUACAUCGAAACUCAAGAAAUAUAGCGAACGAAGGAUUUUAGGGUACUCGAAGGACCAGUUGUUUGAAGUGGUGUCACGAGUGGACGACUAUCACCUCUUCGUUCCCGCGUGUGUAAAGUCACGAGUGAUUGAACGGCACAACACAUCCCUCACAGCGGAGCUGGAGAUCGGAAUUCCGCCACUCAUUUGGGAGAGAUAUACCUCUCGAGUGGUUCUUCAAAGACCGCAUUUAGUGUCCGCUAAAUGUAUUGACGGAAAACUGUUCCGCUAUUUGGAGACCAAUUGGCGAUUCGGCGACGGAUUGGCUCACAAUCCGCAGACCUGUUCUCUCGAUUUCAACGUCUCGUUUGAAUUUCGGUCUUUAAUUCACUCACAAUUGGUUCACAUAUUCUUCGAUGAAAUGGUUCACAAGACUGUCAACGCCUUCCUUAAGAGAGCGGAACAACUCUAUGGCAAACAAACUCUUCCCACAAUUAGCACUCGUUUAUCUCAUAAGACAUAACUUUUUCCAAGUGUUAGGUUUUAACUAAUUUUAAGGCAAAUUAUUUAAUUUAUUAGACACUAAAUAAUAAAUUUG